AUGUGGAUUGGACUGUUAGCUGCUCUGACGGCAUCGUUUCUUUUUGGUACCGUAUUCGUUCCGAUCAAAAGAGUCCAAGCCGGUGAUGGUAGGUCUUCAAUUUUCUUUUUGUUAUUUUGA